CGCCUGCGCACGGAAGCCCCGCCCCCUGACCGUUAUUUUCAGUUACCAGCCCCUUCCGUCAUGUUUGAUACUGGCACCGAGCUAAACUGAGGAAUGUUAAAUAUUUAAUUUUACUAAACCACUGAUGACUUUACAAUCAAAAGAAAAACUUUGCGAAAACAUAAAUUUUUAAAAGGGUUAAACUCAGUGUGAACAUUUACCAGGGACGGCGCCAUCGUUGAUAAAGGCGUCGAGCAAAGCGCGGGAAAGGCAGGAGAAUGAGUUUGGGGAUUUAUUUCUGUGGGAGUAUCCGCGGGGGGAGACAGGAUGUGGAGAUUUACUCCCGGAUUAUCGGCAGCUUGAAGAGAUUUGGAAAGGUUUUUACAGAGCACAUCGGGAACUCGGAUUUAAAUGUGAAAGGUGAUGGUGGAGUGACGACUGAGGAUACAUAUAUCCAUGAUAGGGAUUUGAUAUGGCUAAAGCAGGCAGAUGUAAUAGUGGCAGAGGUCACCCAGCCUUCCUUAGGUGUUGGUUAUGAACUUGGAAGAGCUGUAGCCAUGAACAAGAAGAUUUUGUGUUUGUUCAGAACACCAUCAAAACACCUUCUCUCUGCAAUGAUUCGAGGGGCCGAAAAUGGAACAAGUCUCCAAGUGAGGGAUUACUCUGAGGAGGAAGUGGAAACUAUUCUACAACAAUAUUUUGAGAAGCAACUACAGGCAUGAGUAAUGCCACUGCCCAAAAAUUCCUUCCUCAAAAGUGGGAUUCUAUUCAUGCAUUGAUAACGUUGGCUAUUGGUGCCUUGUACUCUACAGACAAAAAUAAAAUUCACAGACUUUGAAAUUAAA